AUGGACUCUGCAGAAUUUUCCCCGUUCCAGGACAAGUUAACCUCCGCUCUGGUGCAGGUAACUCGAACCGUCGGACAGCUCUCGUCGGAAGACCUCAACUUCCAUCGCACCUCCAGCGCAGAUUUUUCUGAAUCACUAGAUGAACAGAGCGCGCGCAUCAUUGCACUGACCUCCGCCGUUAUCAAAGCUGCCACCGCCGGCACCGAUGUAACAGGGCCUACCCUUCACGAUGAGGAUUCCGUCGAGGACAAUUGGCGUGGUGUGGUGGAUGUGAUUGAUUCGCUUUUGGAAAAGGCUGAUGCAUGCUUGGAUGAAUUCACAGGCGUGAUUAAGAAGCUCAGCCCGUCGCAGGAAGAACAGGCACCGAUCAAGAGAGCUCCCAACUUCCCUACUGUUUACGACUAUGGCCCUUCCAAGAUUCCCAAGCCGCAAUUGCUAUUCAACCGAAAACCGGAUAACACUGACAUGGGCCCCUUCAAGCCUCUUCUGAAGUCUAAGCCCCAUGCCAUUGUCCCGUUGGAGAAGUGCUUGAAGACGAAGAAGAUCGAAGAUAGAACUGGUUACCCCCACCCCUACGAGGCGGAGAUUCUUGCUUCAGAGUAUCCGAAGUCGGUCUACCAGGUCUCCCCUCCGAUUGAGUAUUUGCCUUUUGAAAGUACCACGGCUACUUUCGUCGAUACUUUGGAUGGAGUCAAGGAAAUGCUCAAUGAGCUCAAGAAAGCGAAGGAAAUCGCUAUCGAUUUAGAGCACCACGACGUCCACUCCUACCACGGUCUUGUAUCUUUGAUGCAAAUCAGCACCCGGGAUAAGGAUUGGGUUGUGGAUACCUUGCAACCUUGGAGGGAAGAUUUGCAGAUGCUGAACGAGGUUUUCGCGGACCCAAAGAUCUUGAAGGUCCUGCACGGUUCCACCAUGGAUAUCAUCUGGCUGCAACGUGACUUGGGUCUUUAUGUGGUUGGCAUGUUCGAUACUUUCCACGCUGCAUCUGCAUUGGGCUUCCCGAAGCGAAGCUUGAAGUUCCUGCUGAGCAAGUUCGUCAAUUUCGAAGCUGAUAAGCGGUACCAGACGGCUGAUUGGCGCGCUCGCCCACUUCCACCGGCUAUGUUCGACUAUGCACGAUCAGAUACGCAUUAUCUUCUUUACAUCUAUGACCGCCUACGAAACGACUUGAUCGACAACUCAACCGAAGAGGCUAGCCAGAUUGAUUACGUCAAUGAGCGAUCUAAGCUUGAAGCCCUGCAGCGCUAUGAACGCCCUGUUUACGAUGCCGUCAAUGGACACGGCCCUGGAGGCUGGUACGAUCUGUUGUGGCGCAAUUCGGGUAACCUUUCCAAGGAACAAUUCGCCGUUUUCAAAGCUGUUCACCAAUGGCGCGAUGAAGUAGCGCGCGCCGAGGACGAGGGCUGGCAGUGUGUUUUCCCCAAGCAUAUGCUAUUCAAGCUUGCCAUAAUGAUGCCGCUUGAUAUGGGAUCUCUAUUCCGAACCCUAUCACCCAUGACGCCCAUUACGAAGGAACGGUCACAUGAUCUUUUGGAGGUUAUCAAGCAAGCCAAGGUUGCCGGUAUUGAUGGGCCAGAAUGGCGCGACGUUGCGCCCCCAAAACACAUGGCCAAGGUUCUAGAGGCUGCCGCCCCGGAAGCCAUCGAUUUCCCCAUUGCUGAACGCUAUGAAACGUCUCAAUUCUGGGGCAACGUCUUGGAAGCCAGGGAAUCACCCCCUCCUCCGGCAUAUGCGCUUGCUGCCGGUGCUGAAGCUCUACGCCUUUCUCUUCCUCUGCCACCCAUGCCGACGACCAUCUCUGAAACCCGUGACCACCUCGGCACCGCAAAACAACCCGCUCCUGCUCCCGAGCCUACGCCUGCUCCAGCUCCCCAGGAGCCAGAGGAGAAGAAGUACUUCACCGUCAAAGACCUCGGCGCUCCCCGUAAACGAAAGGUCACCCCGGUUAACAACCCCGAGCAAGCCCUGGCCAUCCCAGCCGACCUCGACGACACGAGCAACGAGCCCGACUCCACGCAGAAGAAGAGCAAAAAGUCUCGUAAGGAGAAGAAAGCCAAGAAAGCGAAGGCCGAGGGCGAGGCUCCCUUUGACUAUGGCACUGCCGAAGCGGUUCUCAACGCACCGUCUGCUGCCACAGUCACCCACCCUCGCAAAAAGGCUUUCAACCCGUACACCAAAGCGAUGGAAGCCCCAUCAGGCGCGCGGAAGACCAAGCGGGAAACCCCCGGCAAGUCUCUUACAUUCCGCCAAUAG